AUGAUGAUGAUGACAAUGGUGAUGAUCAUGGUGGCUCCUCCCGUUGAGUGUCUAGCACAACUGGAAGAAGCGGCAGCAGCAGCAGCGGCCGCGACGGCAAGAGCAAGUGAACGAUGCACUUUGUCAGCAGGAGUAAUGGUAGCUGUGCCCUUUUCUUCGCUCACCUCUUCAUUGCCUAAUAUGGAAUCAAUACCCCCCCCCCCCCCCCCCCNCCCCAGAACAAGUGAACGUGAAGGAUAUGAGAUGAAGGUGACACGACGUAGUGCUCGCAGGCGCGUUUUUCUGACCGCCUGCUUUGUGCUGGUUGCACUCCUCAUGUUGUGCAACGCGUACCUGUGGUGGACCGGCGGUUGCGGCGCCAGCAACAGAACCGCUGAUGACAACGACGCCCCACCACCUCGCGGGGAAGUCGUGCUGCAGAUUGUGUUGCGCGUGCCGUCGCCAGUGUUUGCGCCGAGGCACGUCGGGCAGGAGCUCCUCCGCGAGUACGAGCAUGAGCAGGAGAAGGAGCGGGUGCAGAACCAAACGCAGAAAGCGAACAACGAUAGCCCCAUCACGCCGGAGGAUAUUGCGCGGGCGCAGCGGAACGUCGUCACGAUGCUCCCCUCUGCGGGGGACGGCGGUGGCGCCCACCGCGACUCGUUCCCGCUGCGGCCGGUCAGCAGCGAGCAGCUGCAGCAGGUGGGUGAGGCUCUUAUGGCGCACGUGGCGACCUUCAUCAUCGCCGCCACACACGACGCGGCGCCUGUUAUUGUUGACUACGGUUGUCGUAUCGGGGCGCUACUCGCGCGGCGCCACACUCAAAGCACUGUGUUAUGCGUCUACGACCCACGCGACGUGGCGCUGCGUCUGCCGCCUGGGGACGAGUCACUGCCGCAGAACCUCAUUCGCGUCGUUGCACGGGAUGGAUUCCUCAGUGGUUUUGCACCAUUCUUUACCUCUUGCAACUUCGUGGGCGUGUCGACCGUUUUUCUGCCGCUAGCGCCGUCAGUGGAGGGGACGAAGCAAGGCAACGAGAGCGAUGUGCUGCUUCAACUCGUAGCACGUGCUGUGCAGGGCAGCGGCGCUGUGCUGGCGGUGCUGCCACUGGCGGCGUGUGACGAGCUGCUGUGGUGGCUCCGUCGUGUGCCACCAUCACCUGCCGAGUUCAAUGCAGAUGUGCUGCGUGGCCUGCAGCUUGGGUCCGAAGUGCGCUGCGAGGUUGUGGCCGACUUUGUUGAGCGGAGCGACCCCGACGAUCACCAGAAGAGCAGCAGCAGCAAGGCACCGCUGCGCCUGUUCCAGCUCACUGUGAGGCACUCGACGCGUGUGUGCCGCAAGACGUGGGGCGCGCCGCUGGUGCAGUGGGACCGUGCCGUUCUGUGCGUGUACAACUGCGGGCGUGUGCGCUACUCCGUGCUCGACCUCGCCGCCGCCCGCGGGGCCACCGCACC